ACAAGAUGGAAAAAAGCAUAAAUGAGCUAAACACUUGUCUGAUAGGAUGGAAUUCGUAUGAAAAGCUGUGCAAUCGUCUGGUGCCGAUUUUCAACAAAUAUACAAAACCAUUAAAGUCUGCUAGCUCGAGAAAAGUCUUAGAGUCAAUGCGCGACGCUAGUUACGACAUUGAAAUGCGACUAGCGAGGGUCAAAUCCCACGCGAGAAUUGUUUCACGCGCAGGAGCAGUGUGUCCUUGCCCCCAGCUCAUCUACGCCAAGCAAACUUUACAGGACAGGAUCAAGACUCUGGACUUGAGCGCCACCUGGCCAUCAGAGAUCGACACGACGGCCUUUGUCAAAAUGGUGGACUUGAACAAUUUUGUCCGACAAAUAAAGUGUGAACUCACACUACAAGAGGAAAGACUUGAAGAGAUAGAAUUCGUUUUCCACAAAAAUCGCGGCUCCAGCGUGAUGCUCGCGCUGAACCAGAAGUUGGCCGAGUGUCAGGGUGCGUGUGAAGGUGUUGUGGUGUCACGUGAUGCUCUGGUGUCGAAUGUUUUAUAUCAGGUAUCGGUAAUAGAAAUGAGACGAGCUUGGCAACCAGAUGAUAUAAAAUUUUGUGGAAUAACACAAACAUAUCCCAAUGAUUUGAACAUCAAACAGUGGAUGUGUGAGAUGGUGGAUGUUCAGACAGCAGACUGGCCAGACAACGUUGUUGCGGAUGUUGACACAUCAAAGGCCAUAGGAUUGAUGAUCGACUCCACCGACAGCCUUCACAUUUUUCUCCAAGAACGAGACUUGGGCAUCGCCUUGAGAAAUGUUCAGCGACCUUGCUAUGCAGUUUUCGACCUCAGCAUCAACGUGACACAGGUUCUUGCACUUCCUGCAACUAUAGUAUGAGAAAAUGUCAGCCAGGGCACAAGCAGUCGAGGCAUAAGCAGCCAGGACACGAUUUUGACAUGAUCACAGUGGGAUAUAUUUUACCUUUGCAUUUGCCCAAACAUCCAUCUUGCCGUUCACCUCUCUUCUUUCUUGAGCCUUACUCUUGCUAGUGCGCUCUCUUCCUGUUGUUUGUCCGAGUUCUUGGUGUCUAGCAGGUGUGCCAAGCCUGCAUGGGGGGUCCACUGCGAUAGUGCCCUCUGUUCCUGCUGUGGUCGUUUGCUAUGGGUGCCUAGGAAGCCUGCCUAGUGGGGUUGUGUUGAAGUGGUUGCCAGACCCUUAUGUAGCCCUAUUUCUACCCUCUAAACUGUAAUUUUGUUGUUGUUGUUUUUAGAGUUUUACUUUAUGUAAUGGGCUUUGCUCCUAGUUCCAGUUGGAGAUGGAGAAGUUGAACAAUUUUAUUAACACAUUUAUGGAGUGUCUAUGGCUAUUAUUUACGUUUUUAGAGUACGUUUUUAUCCAGUUAUUUCCCUUUACCCUUCUUAAAUCAGUGUAGUUUGGGUGGCUUGUCACCAUUGAUUCUAUCAAUAAUAUUAAUCUAUAUUCUAGUUCUUUAGGUGAGUUGAGGCAGUUAUUAAUGCUUCGCACCAAUCUUUAUUUAUCCUAAAAAUGUUUUAAUUCUUCUGUUUCUGGUUUGUCUUAAUUAUUAAACUCCAACAGCACACGUGGGAUACUAAGUCUGUCCCCACAGGUACAUGACGGAGGGUUAAUAUUAAAGCUCCUUUUUUUCAGAAGAGAAUGAUUGCCUAUAACCAUCGUUAUUGACUGGUUGUUUUACAUAUUAAUGUUGGGCAUAGUUUUAAUGAAUUAAUUAUAUGUUAUAGUUCUGUACGGGUAAAGUCUAAAAGGAAUGCAUAUCCCAUACCUUAAAUUUUGGAUUAUGAAGCGCUCCUGUAUAUAAGCCGCAUCAAUUAAAUUUUUACAACUUUCUAUUUUUUCCAUAAAUAAGCCGCAAAUAUAUACAACACUUGUUUUUUU